GCGGGAGCAGAGCAUCAGCGAUUUGGUGUUCCUGAGAACUCCCGCGUUCGGUGCUCUUCGUCGGAAGGGGCGAAAAACUAGGGUUUCUCAAAUCAAUCCAUUUGGGAUCCAAGAAGACAAGCAUGGCAGAAGAGCUUCUCGGCAUCUCCAAAUUCAAGCUCCACCUCCUCGCCUUCAUCUCCGAAGCUCGAGAUCUCAGAGAUAGUGAGCGUUGUGCUAGAGAAAAGCUCUUGCAUUCCGCUCAGAGAGAAAAGAAAAUUGAAGCUGAGUGCGCUCAGAAGGUGAAAGGAUUGCAAAUGGAGGUAGCCUCACGAGAUGAAGUGAUUUCUGAAGCUUGAAUCCGAGGUGAAAUUCCUUAAGACCGAGAGUGCAUUGCUAGGAAAACGGGAAAAUGAGCUAAAGGAGAUGAUAAAUGAUUUGCUUCAAUCAAGAGACACCUUUUUAAGUGUCUAUCAGGAAUCUACCAGUGAAUUGAGGCAUACAAUUGAAAAAAGAGACAAAAUGCUUGCUGUUCUCUCGGAAAAGAUUCAGGCACAUAUGCUUGUGCUUGAUUCAAUAAGGAAGGAAGCUGCUUCUGUCAAAGAUGUUGUAGAUAACAUUAAGCAACUUGUUAUUGAAAAGGAACAAGUAGCUACUGUAUUGAAGUUGAAGAUGGAGAAGGUCUCAGAAUUUAAGAAGGAUUUUGUUGACAAAAUCCAUUUUCUAGAGAACAAGCUUAGUGAGUAUAAAGCUGGAACUUCGUAGAAGGGAGAUUA